AUGGUCGAAUCAAAUAACGAAGAGCGCGCUGUGAAACUUGCCCGAGAAGCUGUCGAGUUGUUAGAUGCUGGCCACAAGGAGGCCGCAUCACGAAACCUACGUGAAGCCUUAUCCCUUGCCCCAGAGAACUCUGAGGUCCAGGCGGCUUUCCUGAAAAUCCGGGCAGAAGAACAGAGCGGCCACCCGCUUCUGGAUCUAUGUCGUCGCUACGCCUCGGAAAAGAAUGAAGAAGCCGGCAAGGAGGCUGCUCGGUUUUUACGUGCCGAUGGAUUUAAAGCACCUGAGGAUGUUGCGUUGGAGAGUCUAAAACUCAUCUUGGCAGAGAAGGCCGAUGCCUUGUCUGCGACACAGGAUGAAAUCAUCUCCGGUCUAGUUCGCCAGAAUGCCAGCGUCCGGCAGUUCUUCGCAUCCCAGCUACAGGUCUCUGUGACGACCUUCUUCGACCAAAUCUACGUUAGAGGCGAUGGCGCUGCCGUUUGUCUGGACACCGUCGUUCUUGACCCUACACUCUGGCCUUCUGAGGAUGUUCGCUCGUAUUGUGAAAGCGAGCUGUUCCAGCUUUUCAUUGCAAAACUCAUGGAAUCCGGACAUGAUCUGGACGGCCGCUCUCUCAAGGGGAUCACACGGCUCUUAGCCGUCGACGCGGAGAAGUUGCAGCAUUUGGUGGAUGACGAAGGGUUCGAUGUCAUUAUCUCCUCGCUCGAUAACAGACUGCCCCUGGAUGUGCGAAGUCAGGCAACCCUGGCCACUGCAAAAUACCUUGAAGCGUCCAAGGAAGUUGGCCAGAAGCGUUUCUCUAAACUGGUCACUGCAAAGGUCACCAAGGCUCGCAACGAGGACUUGAUUGUGGCCUUUUCCGCCGUGGCAGCCGUAUUCCCAGUCGUGCCCACCAUCACCGCUACUCUCUUCCUCGCGGAAGGCUUCCUGCAAUCCAUUGAGCCUCUCCUCGAUCGAGAAGUCAAAAGCACCAAGGUCGAAGUGGCCCUCCUGGAGCUGUUCAAUGCCGCUUGUAUGGAUAAAGCCUGUCGUGAGGCCAUUCGCAACUCCUGCACUGAAUGGCUGACACACAUCCUGUCCAACGGCACAGAGAAGAGCUCCGAGCUGGCUGCUGUGGUACUGGCCAAGGUCAAAGCCUCGGAGACGGGUGACGCCUCCGAGUCAAAUGGUAAGGUUCAGGAGGAGAGCAACAGCGUCCAUGAACUGGUUGAUCGGUUCAAGGGACUGAUGUCGGGCUCCAAGGUCGCCAGGCUUCACAAUCCAGUUGAGGGUCUGGCCUACUCAUCCGUGAAACCGGAUGUAAAGGAGCAGCUCGCCCAUGAUCCCGCCUUCCUGAAGGGUCUUUUCAGUGUGCUGGUAUCGCACGUGGAAGAUUCCUCGUUACUCUAUGGAGGGCUGAUGCUCAUCUCGAAUCUCACCAGAUACCUCCCUAAUCUAUCUGAAGAACAGAAGAAGAUGUCCGAACUCAAAGCCUACGCAGAUGCAACCAAAGGUGCCGCGCAGCCCAAUCCUCUUGAUGAUGAUGAGCAUGUGAUGGCGCGUUGCAACGCCGUCAUCGAUGCGGGUGUCAUGCCUCUUCUUGUGGAAUGUGGCAAGACCAGCCUUAAAUCCGUCCAUGGCCUGACAAGCAAGAUCCUUUUAUCUCUUUCUAAAAAUCCCAAGACCCGAGGGAAACUCGCCCAACAGGGCGCUGUGAAACUGCUCCUGAAUAUUGUGGGUCCGAAGAAUGGGAGUUCUUCCGCGCCAGACCUUGAUGAGACCACCCACAAUGCAUCGCACGCACUUGCGCGCGUUCUGAUUUCCGUCAAUCCAUCCCAUGUUUUCCCAUAUUCAGGAUUCCCUCAGAUCACGUCGGCUAUUCGGCCAUUGGUCGCACUUCUGACUCCACCUGAGACCAAUGCCAUCUCCGUGGAACAACCGCGUGAUCUCCUGCCUGUCUUCGAGAGCCUCUUGGCUCUUACCAACCUUGCUUCUUCCCCCGAUGUGACUGCGGCGGAAUCGAUCGUGCGGCAGGCGUGGCCGGUUUUGGAGGAUUUGCUGCUGUCCAACAACACGUUCAUCCAACGCGCUGCAUGUGAACUGGUCUGCAAUCUGAUGACGUGCGAAUCGGGCAUCUUGAAAUUCGCCGAUGGCUCCAAACGCGCUGGGCAGCGGCUUCAUGUGCUCCUGGCCCUUACUGACGUCGAGGAUGUAGCUACGCGGCGCGCCGCGAGCGGUGCGUUGGCCAUGCUGACCGAGUAUGAUGCAGCCAUUGCUGCCGUGCUGGAGCGUCCACGGGGCGUCAAUCUCUUGCUCAGCCUGUGUCAGGAGAACAAUGAUGAUCUGGUGCAUCGUGGGGUGGUCUGCAUCCGCAAUCUGACAUGCGCGGCGUCGGGCGACGUUGGGGCCCGGGCACGGGAUGCGGUGAGGCAGAACAGGGGCAUCGACACGCUGAAGGGAUGCCUCCAGCGGUCAUCCAACCCUGCUAUUCUCCAGGCGGGAGUGGAGGCCUUGAAGCCGCUUGUGGAGCAGACUGCGGGGUAA